AUGAAAGUUCUUUUAGUGACCGUUUGCUACAUGCUGCAGUGGCAGCUGGCGGCCACAGGGGAGCAGCGUGACGCUGAAGUGCAAGUGUUCUACGCUGUGGAGAUGGAGGGAGGCACCACAGCUGCCAGAGCACUGGCGGAAAAGCACGGGCUGCAGUUCAUCUCGCGGGUGGGAAACCUGGAAAGCAUCUACACCCUGAGGGCCUUCAAAGGGCAGGCAGACAGGCACAACCUGGAGAGCCAGCUGUCUGUCAGAACGGGGGUGAAGUGGGUCCAGCGACAGCAAGCCCAGUAUAGAGACAAACGAGCCUCCAUCCGGGAACUGGAUCGGCGCAUCCAUCAAGAGAUGCUGGCACCCUGGCAUGGGAAUCCCAGUGACAUUAAAGACGUCCUUGACACCGAGAGGGGAGAGAGCGAACUGCUGCACUUCAAUGACCCCCUCUGGCCCCUGCAAUGGGAACUGUUGAACCGUGGUCAGUUCAGCAGCCCCAAAGGCUUUGACUUGAAUGUCAUGUCAGUGUGGAGAAGAAACAUUACUGGCAGGGGAGUAGUGGUGACCAUCGUCGAUGACGGUAUUGAUCAUACCAACUUGGAUCUGAAGAAGAAUUUUGAGGCCUUUGCCAGUUUCGACCUCCGUGGUGCUCACGGGCUAUCCCAUGAUCCCAUGCCACUGCGAGAUGAAGAUAACGGUCAUGGCACCAGAUGUGCAGGUGAGGUAGCGAUGGAGGCCAACAAUUCCUACUGUGGAGUCGGCAUUGCCUUCAACGCCAGGAUUGGUGGUAUCCGUCUGCUGGACGGUGCAGUGACCGACUCCAUGGAGGCCACCUCUCUCACCUACAACAACGACUUCAUCGAUAUCUACACGUGCUGCUGGGGGCCCAAGGACAACGGCAUGGAGAUGGCGGGACCAGGCAGGCUGGCCCAGAAGGCUUUGCGGCUGGGAACACAGAAGGGGCGAGGUGGUAAGGGGAACAUCUUCGUCUGGGCCUCUGGGAACGGCGGCAUGGUGGGCGACCACUGUGGCGCGGACGGCUACGUCAACAGCAUCUACAGCAUCGCCAUCGGCGCCGUCACCCACACCGGGCUGCCCGCCUUCUUCGGAGAGCCCUGCCCCGCUGUGAUGGCCGUCACGCCCACCGGGGCUGGCAAUGGGGAGAACCUACCGCUGGUGACGGUGUCAAAUCUGGAUGAGGGCUGCGUCACCCACUUCUCCGGGACAUCCAGCGCUGCACCCAUUGCUGCUGGGGUCCUUGCUCUUGUCCUGGAGGCCAAUCCAGACCUGACGUGGAGAGAUGUCCAACACCUAAUCGCAAAAACAGCAAAAAUACCAAACCCUGUGGAGCCUGGCUGGAGCAUCAAUGGGGCGGGAUAUCACAUUCACGACAGGUAUGGGUUUGGUCUCCUGGAUGCAGGGCUGAUGGUGCAACAGGCCAUAGGCUUCCAGAGCAUGCCCCCCCAGAGGAAGUGCUCACAGGAAAUGACCUUUGACCCUGCCAGGAUUCUUCCCCCUGGAGGAGUGGUCAGUGUUCACAUCCAGUCCGAUGGCUGCAGGGGGACGGACAAUGCCAUCAACACCCUGGAGCAUGUACAGGUCACAGUGAGCAUCACCAGCGUGUGUCGAGGCGACCUCUCCGUUGACCUCAUCUCCCCGUAUGCCACGCGGUCGCAGCUCCUGGGGACGCGGCAUAAUGACGUCUCCACCGCCGGCCUCAAGAGCUGGACGCUGAUGACCGUGCAGUCCUGGGGGGAGGACCCCCACGGCACCUGGAGACUCAAGGUGACGGACAAUAAGGAUACGGUGGCGCGAUGUAGGCGUGGAGAGUUAGAGGAAGCCGCUGGUGCCGUUCUCAGUGUCACCCUCACCCUGUAUGGAACCUUUGACCCACAGAGGCCUGACAAAGAGCCCCUGCAGAGAAUUGUGUCCAUGGGAAAAACACACCCAGUCCCCCUGUCCAGGAACAGCCAGCGGAAUGACGUCUCUGUGCAGGAGCUCAUCCAGAAGGAGUUUGAGAUGGAGAGCCGGCACAGGGUUACUGCUGAAGACAUACCCAUCCCUCUCCAGAUAAAGAACACAAAGCUUAAGUUUCAUUCGACCCCAUCCUUUUCCUCACAAGAUAUGGAUGAUACCAAUGGUGUCGGGUUCAGAGCUCACCUGGAGAGCCUCUGGAACACUCUUAGGGACAGAGUGGAGUCCAAUUGGCUGCUUUAUAAGUCAAUGACAAAGAAUCAGUCUCCUCAGUUACGCUGGACAGACACGGCCCUGCAGAGAUUCCUGGGGGCAGGGCAGACGGUGGGAGGGGCCUCAGGGGCAGAGAUACGUGAAAUGCGAGAACUCAGCAGUGAUGCGGGUGGACAGUCAGAGCCCCCUGCAAAGAUGAGAACGCAGGUUCUCGGCAGCGUCGCCACAGAUAUUCGAGAGAUGCGCCAGUUGAGGGACACCUUGAGGGCGAGCGGAGGGCAGCGGGUGAGGAGAGGUCGUCUGGCGGGGAGGGAAGAAAGGCGGGCGUGA